AUGCCGGAGACAUUUGGAAUUGUUUUGCCCUCAACAAUUACUUCAACAGCUGCAACAAAUGAUAUAUCUACAAAUCAAACAAAAAAACGUUUAUCUUCUUCCGUUGAACAAAAUGGAAACAAUCACUCUUCAGAUAGCAGUAAGAAAAAGUUGCACAAAUCACGAUCGAGAUCACCACGCCAUCAUCAUCGACAUCAUCAUCAUUCACAUCACAAAUCGAGCUCACAUCGUGAUAGGUCGAGACAACGCGACGAACGAGCCAAAGGUACAUCCGGUGAAGAACACGAUUCACGUCGACAUCAUCACACCCAUUCUCAUCGUCGGCAUCAUCAUCAUCGAUCUGUUGACGACGGUGGUAGUAGUAAUAACAAUGAAGUUGAAAAAUAUCGACAUUCUAGUAAACGAGAUCGUUCGUAG